CCGCAUUUGAUGGUUGAGUUCACAGUUUUGUUAUUAUUGGUUUUGUUUUGUAACCACUUUUUUUUCUUCUCGCAACCUGUAGACUGUAGGUAUAAAUACGGUUACAUAACAAGUUUCCUCUUAUUUAAAAAAAAAUGCAAGAAAGGCUCAAUAUUGACGCACCUCUUUGGGAUCAAAACUCAUUUAUCGGAAGGUUUAAACAUUUCUUGUGGGUAACUGAUCCUAGAACUUGCAUAGAAAAAGAGACAAGUUUAUUUGAAGCAAAAACUCUAAUUGAAAACUAUCGAACAGGUGCAGAAGGUGAUUCGAUAGAAAAAGUUAUAUAUGCGAAGAAGUUGUAUGAAAGUGCAUUUCAUCCAGACAGUGGCGAAUUACAGAAUGUCUUUGGGCGGAUGUCUUUUCAACUGCCUGGUGGUAUGCUUAUUACUGGUGCAAUGCUGCAGUGGUAUCGAACUGUACCUGCUGUUGUAUUCUGGCAAUGGGUAAACCAGUCCUUUAACGCUCUGGUUAAUUUCACUAAUAGAAAUGCACAAUCGCCUAUUUCUACAACACAGAUGGGUGUCGCGUAUGUGUCUGCCACUUUGUCGGCGAUGGUUACUGCUAUCGGUUGUAAAAGUAUGUUCCAAAAAAGAGCAUCCCCAAUUUUGCAGAGAUAUGUGCCAUUUGUGGCAGUUGCAGCAGCAAAUUGUGUUAAUAUACCACUUAUGAGACAAACAGAGCUCAUUUACGGUAUUGAUGUGGAAGGGGAUGAUGGCAAAAAAUUGUGCCAAUCAAAAGUAGCAGCAGUGAAGGGCAUUUCACAAGUAGUAUUUUCACGAAUUGUCAUGUGCGCUCCGGGUAUGUUGAUAUUACCUGUGAUAAUGGAAAGAUUAGAGAAGUAUAGGUGGAUGCAGCAGAUUAAACCAAUGCAUGGACCUAUCCAAGUCGUACUUGUCGGUUGCUUUUUAAGUAUUAUGGUUCCUACCGCAUGUGCUCUGUUUCCACAAAGAUGUUCAUUGAAGACUACAACAUUGAAAUAUUUUGAACCAGAAGAAUACGCUAAGUUAGAGAAGAUGGUCGGUAAUGACAUACCAUUUCGGGUAUAUUUUAAUAAAGGCUUGUAAAAAAAUA